AUGUCUUAUACCAACGAACGCACGCGACUACUCCAGGACCGGAGAGAUGAGGCGGAGGAAGUCCAGUUUGCCAACGAUGAUGAAGAGGAUCCUCGGCAGUGGCCACUCCGUUGGAAGUAUGUUCAGAUUCUCAUGAUUUUCUUCAUUGGCUUGGUACUCCCGAUGGCGAGCUCCAUGUUCGCACCAGCCAUAGAUGAUAUUGCCCAAAGCUUUGAGGUGGACAAGCAGCUUGUCCUGGGCGGGCAAACAGCAUUUGUUUGUUUUCUCGGUAUCGGACCGCUCUUCUUCGCCCCCAUGAGCGAGACGUUUGGCAGGAGAAAGGUGUACUUGCUAAACAUUUUGCUGUUUUGCUUGACCCAAAUUCCGACGGCACUGGCCCCCGAAAUUAAGACAUGGCUCGUCUCCCGGGCCUUUUCCGGGCUGUUCGCGAGCGUUGCCAUUGCCAAUGGAGGUGGCACAAUCUCUGACCUCUUUAAUGCUUCUGAGCGGGCCACGGUGUCGGGGGUUUAUUUCCUGGCACCUUUGUUGUCGCCAACUUUGGGCCCAUUCUUUGCUAGCCUCAUACUGGCCAGACUCGACUGGCGUUGGAUCUUCUGGAUUCUCUUCAUAAUCAGUGCGGGCCUUUUUGUCUCUUGCUUCUUCCUACUUUUUGAGACACAAUCCAUGGCGAUCCUCGAACAACGAAAGUCCAGUCUUGAAAAGAAAAACCCCGGCAAGAGAUAUGUGCUCAAGGGUGGAUCUGAGCAGUCACUCCUAGGGAAAAUCGCCAAAAACUCGACUAUAGCCACAAAGAUUCUGUUCCGGCAACCUAUCGUAAUGGUCAUUUCCAUCUACCAGGCCUUGAUAUUUUGCACCAUGUAUAGUUUGUACAGCAACUAUAGUACUAUCUGGUCCGGCGAUCCCUACAAUUUCGAUACUAUACAAGUUGGUCUGGCGUAUCUGGCCCCCGCCGUUGGAUUCACCAUGACGGCACUCAUUGUCGUCCCAUUCAUGGACCCGGUAUACAAGAAAAUGCAGGAUCGCUUCAAUGGCGGCGAUGGUAAGCCGGAAUACCGCUUACCCUUGGCAAAUAUUGGGGCGAUCUGUCUACCAGUUAGCCUCUUUUGGUUCGGAUGGGCGAUCGAAAAAGGUCUCCAUUGGACGAUAGCCUUGGCCGCGAUGCUAUUCUUUGGUGCUAGUCAGAUCUCUAUUUUCAACGCUUUCCAGAAUUACUACAUUGAUGCGUUCGAAAGCAAGGCGGCCUCUGCUCUUGCUGCCGGCGCUGUCCUACGAAGUAUGAUGGGUGGGAUUAUUCCACUGUUCACCCCAAAGAUGUUCGAGAAACUGGGUUACGGGUUGGGCUUCAGUGUCUUCGGAAUAGUCAGUGCCAUGCUUAUGCCAGCUCCUUUACUAUUUACUCGAUACGGCAGCACAUUGAGAGAGAAGUUCGCGGUCGAGGAUUAG